AUGAACUCGGACUUCUCCCCUGCCACCCUGGGAGACGUCCCAGGGAUCAGAAGGGUCCAUUUCUUUGGGGCCCCCGGUGUUUCCGAGGGUUACACCAUUUUUUUAGGCGACAAAGAAGUACAAACUUCUCCCAGGCCAUCUGAUUUGUUCGGUUUCCACCGAAGCCGCGCAGUGAUCUCACUGUUUGGUUUUGUUUUUGUGUCAUUGUGUCUGUCUCUCUAUUUCCUCUCUGAAAGUAACAUGGGACAAUCACUAACAACCCCUUUGAGCCUAACUCUAGAUCAUUGGCAAGACGUUCAAGAUCGGGCAGACAACCUGUCCGUGGCAGUCAAAAAGAAAAAAUGGAAAACUCUCUGUACUUCAGAAUGGCCAACAUUCAACACCAGCUGGCCAGCAGAAGGGACUUUUAAUACUGAUCUUAUUUUCCAGGUGAAAACCCGAAUCUUCACCCAUGGUCCUCAUGGACACCCUGACCAGAUACCCUACAUUGUUACCUGGGAGGACUUAGCCUCCAACCCCCCCCCUUGGGUUGCUCCUUUCUCUCCACCCAAACCCCCUCUCCGUCCUCCCCUUGAACCCUCUGCUCCCCUCAUUCCACUUCCCCCUCCCCAAACCUCUCAUCUUUACCCUGUUCUUAACAAAUCUGAGACCUCAGUUAAAACAGGGACAACACCAAAGAAGGUUCUACCGCCGGAGGACUCAACUCUAAUUGACUUGCUGACUGAUGAGCCUCCUCCCUAUCAGCCCCAGCCCUUACAAGCCCCUGAACCUGAUCAAGCAUCCUCCGAGGACGAGAACCAAGAAGGCCCAGUCGCCAAUGCUCCCCCGGAUCCUUCUCCCAUGGUGGGACGGCUCCGGGGACGCCGGGAUCACACCGCCUCAGGAGACACCUCCAGAGUUCUCCCCCUGCGACAGACGGGAGGCCCCAAUGGCCAAUAUCAGUAUUGGCCUUUUUCUGCCUCUGACCUCUAUAACUGGAAAACCCAUAACCCUUCCUUUUCUAAAGACCCUACAGCUCUAACCUCUUUGAUUGAGUCUAUCCUAGUAACUCAUCAGCCAACAUGGGAUGACUGCCAGCAGCUCCUGCAAAUUCUCCUCACUUCAGAGGAGAAACAAAAAGUUCUUUUGGAAGCUCGCAAAAAUGUGCCAGGGGACGAUGGGCAUCCCACCCAACUCCCAAAUUUGAUUAAUGAAGCUUUUCCUUUAACCCGGCCAAACUGGGACCAUGCGACUGAAGCAGGUAGGGACCACCUACGUCUCUAUCGCCAGUUACUCAUAGCGGGUCUCCAUGCAGCAGGGCGACGACCCACUAAUUUGGCUUAG